AUGGAAGCUCCUACUGAAAAUUGGGACCCGGCCUUAACACGUCUAUUGACUUCCUUGAAAGAAGUUCAAUCAGGUGGAGAAGAUAUGGUGUUCCUGAGUGAGCUUCUCCAAUCAAAACAACUCAAUGCACUAGUUCAAGUGCAUAAUAAAAUUGUAGCUAAAGGAAAAGAUGAUAAAUUCUACCCUUUGCUAUCGAAUGCUAUGCAAGUUACUUUGGAGGUCCUAGAUUUACUCGGCGACAUAGUCUCUGUAUCUCAAGAAUAUCAAGAACUAUUAAAUUUGCUACAAAAACCUCACUUUCAAGCUAUAUUAUGUACUCAUGAUGCUGUUGCACAAAAAGAUUACUAUCCGCAUCUGCCUGACAUCCCACCCGAAGCUGAUGAAGAAGAAGAAACAGUAAAAAUUGUGCAACUAGUUAAAAGUGAUGAACCCUUGGGUGGUGCUCAGAGUGCAGAGCCAAUUGUGGGUGCUACAAUAAAAACUGAUGAAGAUACUGGGAAGAUUGUGAUAGCCAGGGUGAUGCAUGGAGGAGCAGCAGACAGAUCGGGUUUAAUUCAUGCGGGCGAUGAAGUUAUUGAAGUUAAUGGAAUAAGUGUUGAAAACAAAACACCAGCUGAUGUCCUGGCAAUACUGCAAAGCUCCGAGGGCACUAUCACAUUCAAAUUGGUUCCAUCAUUCGGCAAAGGCGGUUCAAGGGAAAGCAAAGUGAGAGUAAGAGCGCUUUUUAAUUACGAUUCGUCGGAUGACCCCUAUAUACCUUGUAAAGAGGCGGGGUUGAAUUUUAAAAAGGGUGAUGUUCUGCAUAUAGUUUCGCAAGAUGACGCAUACUGGUGGCAAGCUCGACGCGAAGGCGACAGAGUUAUGAGAGCUGGGUUGAUACCAUCCCGAGCUCUGCAGGAGGGUCGCAUUAUACAUGAGCGUCAAACAGAUCCGCAAACCAUGGACGGAAAGCCAGCACUAUGUAGUUCGUCCACCACGAACUCUGAUUGCGCGCCGAAGACCCCGUGCUCUCCCACUCCGACCGCCACCGCUCUGCUGCCGUGCAAAUCCACGCCGAAGGUGAAGAAGAUAAUGUACGACUAUAGGGAGAAUGAUGAUUACGAUCGUGAAAUGAUACCUACUUACGAGGAAGUGGCUAGGUUGUAUCCGAGGCCGGGGCUCGUGCGACCUAUAGUGCUAGUCGGGGCGCCGGGCGUUGGCAGAAACGAGCUGCGCAGACGGCUGAUUGCAACGGAUCCGGAGAAAUACGUCACGCCUGUACCUUUUACAUCAAGACCGUUGAAGCCUAGUGAACAAAAUGGCAAAGAAUACAUAUUUGUGAGUCGCGAAAAAAUGGAACAAGAUAUUAACGAUGGAAAGUUUAUAGAACACGGUGAAUACAAAGGUAAUCUCUAUGGGACAUCGGCUGAAAGCGUCGAGAGUAUUAUCAAUUCAGGUCGGGUGUGCGUUAUAAGCCCUCAUUGGCAGGCGCUCAAAAUGCUUCGGACGCCUCGGCUUCGUCCUUACAUUAUAUUCAUAAAACCACCGCCGUUAGAGAAACUUAUCGAAACACGAACAUUGGCCAACGCUCGGUCCACUUUCGACAAAGAGAGUUCUAGAGCUUUUACGGAAGAGGAGUUUCAUGACAUAAUAAGGUCAGCGAAUCGAAUCAAUUUUCUUUAUGGCUACAUGUUUGACGAGGAAAUAGUUAAUCAGGAUUUAGCGGGUGCGCUCACGCAGCUCCUGAAGGCAUCGUGGAGAGUGCAAUCGGAACCACUUUGGGUACCAGCUUCUUGGGUUCAGUAG